CCUGUGUGCUGUCAUUUCUGGUCCUUCCCAAAAGCUCCACCCACUACCCUCCCACAGGUGGUGUCAGAAGUGGGAUGAGCAUGGACCGGCACACCCUGCAAGCCGUUCUGGAGGAUCAGGAGAGACACCGUGAUGGUAUAGAGCGGCGUCGGGAAGAACGGGAUGCUCAGAUGGAUGCUGAGCGUACAGCCCACAUGACUGCGAUGGCUGACAAGAUGGCGGCCAUGUGUCUGGCCAUUCAGAACCUGGUAGUGGCCCAAGCCCAAGCUCAGGUCCCGGUCGCAGCAGCUGGACCAGUGCUGCCAAUGCCCAAAAUCCGUCUGCAAAAGAUGACCCCAGAAGAUGACCCGGAGGCCUUCCUGACCACAUUUGAGCGGAUGGCUACAGUGUCAGGGUGGCCAGCCGGAUGUUGGGCAGCCCAACUAGCCCCCUGUCUAACUGGUGAAGCGCAGGCAGCAUACCAGGCUCUGAGCAACGUGGCGGCGGAAGAUUACUCCCAGGUGAAGACAGCUAUCCUCCGGCGCCUUAAUAUCACCCCGGAGACGCAUUGCCGGCGUUUCCGGAGUUACAAGCGGCUGGAGGGAACCCGGCCUCGCAUCAUGGCCCAGCAACUCUGGGACCAUCUGACCCGCUGGCUGCGUCCCACUGAACGGACCACCCAACAAAUCAUGGAGUCUGUGGCGGUCGACCAGUUCCUGGAGGUGUUGGAACCAGAGACUCGAGCCUGGGUCGCUCGCCACAGUCCCGAGACGAUGGACACGGCCGUCGAGCUGGCGGAGGCCUUCGAGGACGCACUGCUUCGGGUGGACCCCAGUCCAGCUCCAGUGAGGCAUCGGCCUUCGCCAGCGCACCCAAAGACUGCAACGAGGCCUUCAGUUUUCCCCGUCCCUUUGAGCGCCUCUCCUCCAAAGUGGAGACAGAGGUUAGCUCCCAGCUGGGCUAGAGAGAAUCCUUGGACCUCCCCUAGUGGACCAAGGGACAAACAGCCGUCUCCCACAGCGCCGCCUUCCCCUACCUGCUUCCGGUGCCACGAGGUGGGGCACAUCGCGAGAUUCUGUCCCAUCGCGAUGGAGUGUGACGUGGCCUUGCGAUGUCCGGCUGCAGAGGGUGGUGUUCGAGUGCGUCAGAGGCCUUACCGGAUCCCGGAAAGUCGGCGGGGUGUAAUGCGCCGGGAAGUGGCCAGUAUGCUCGAGCUGGGAGUAGUGCAACCUUCCCAGAGCGAGUGGUGUAGUCCUGUGGUAAUGGUACCUAAGAAGGAUGGCUCCACUCGUUUCUGUGUGGACUUUAGAAAGGUGAACGCUAUCUCCAAGUUCGAUGCGUACCCCAUGCCCCGAGUGGAUGAGCUCCUUGACAGACUGGGUAAGGCGAGGUUCUUGUCCACUCUGGACCUGACGAAGGGAUAUUGGCAGAUCCCAUUAACACCCAGCUCCAAGGAGAAAACCGCAUUUGCUACCCCGGAUGGCUUGUUUCAUUUCAAGACCAUGCCCUUUGGGUUGCAUGGGGCCCCGGCUACCUUCCAGAGACUGAUGGACAAGGUGUUAUGUCCCCAUCAUCAGUAUGCUGCAGCGUAUAUUGAUGACGUGGUUAUUUUUAGCUCUACCUGGAAGGAGCACCUUGAUAGAUUGGUGGCUGUCCUGCAGUCUCUGAGGGAGGCGGGGCUAACAGUCAACCUAGGUAAAUGCGCGUUUGGCAAACAAGAGACCCAAUAUCUUGGAUUUAGCAUGGGUAAUGGUCGGGUAAAACCAGUGGCUUCCAAGGUCCAGGCCUUGGUGGACACUCCGGUUCCACGAACCAAGGCUCAAGUGGAGGAGGUGGGAACGGCGGCCCGGGUCCCUCUGGUGGCGGAGGCGGGAACGGAGGCCCGUCUCCCUCUAGAACAGCAAUUGGGACUGGCGGACCAUCGGGAACAGCAGACGAGGACUGUGGCCACUCCGGUGGCGGAGGUUCCAGCUCCUCCGGUGGCAACGGCUGCAGCCCCUCCACCACCAGCAGGCUGUGGCCAUUCCAAUGGCCUCUGA